AUGACAACUCUACAACGAUAUUAUCGUCUUAGAAAUGAAUAUAAUCAUUAUAAACGUCGUUCAAAAAUGUUAAAUUCAAUUACAAUACAAAAACGAGAUGAACUAGAAAAUUUAAUUAAUCAUAUUAAUCAUUUAUUAUUAUUAGAAAAUCAAAUGAAUAUUUCUAUUCAAUCAAAUAGACAAGUAGAAAUCAAACCAUAUAUUUCUAUAUAUGAUCAUGGUGAUCAUUCAUCCAUAUUACCAAUAGCUUCAUUAGAAAAGUAUUUAAUUGAAGAAGAAUCUGAUGAUGAUGAUCCUUUAUUACAACGUCUUAAAUUAACAAAACCAAGUCGGUUAAAAAAUUCAUUAUGA